CUUCAAUGUUUCAUUCUCAUUUUUAUCAGUUAAUUUAAAAAACUGUGCAACAGAAGUUGAAUUAUGCAAAAAGAUAAUACAGUUUUCAUUUAAAAGUUUGCGUUUUUUUGCAUUCAGUAAAAAGCUUUUAAUAAUCAUGCCUUUUGACUUAGAUUUUUGUGAAACAAGAAAAAUGUAUGAUAGUAAUGUAUCAAAAGAUAAUUUAUUUACGUAAGGACAUAAGUUGCAUGUUAUCAGAAAGGAAUUGUGUUACACGGUGUUUGCUUACCACUGCUAAAUACAAUAAUUUUUAAAGAUUUUACUCAUUAGCAAAAGUUUUUGCGGAAUAGCUGUACAUACGUAAAGAAAGGAAGAAAAUUUUAACGUUUAUUGACAGUAUUUUACCAGAUACAUUAGUUUUAAGUUUAAUAUUUUACCAUUUAAUUACAAAAACAUUUUAAAAUGCCACAUACAAUACAAUGGAAAAAGUUUUUCGGAUUGAUAACUGUGGAGCCCACGAUGGUAUUUUAUAUGAUGGCUUUCAUGGUAACUUCGGUGGUUGAAGAGUCGUUUUUUGUUUAUAAAGCAUGCACAGUUAACAACAAUUUCAAUUCAACAGUAUGUGAUGACAUCCAUUCCAAAAACUAUAGCGAAUUUAACAAAAAAGUACAAUUGACAGUUUCAGAAUUCCACCAAUGGAACGAUAUAGCCGGUCACGUUGGUACAAUUGUGCUUGCUUUUUUUAUGGGUUCCUGGGCCGACAGAAGAGGCAGAAAAUUGCCCCUGCUUCUGGGACUUUUUGGAAAACUGUAUUAUUCUGCAAUGAUAGUAUUAAACGCAACGCAAGACCAUUGGCCCGUUGAAUAUAUAGUUUACACUGCCACACUGCCCAUGGCUUUUACGGGGGCCGACGUUGCCAUUUUUGCCGCCUGUUUCACAUACGUAGUCGACGUUUCUUCUGAUAAGAACAGGACUAUUCGGGUGACCAUUCUCGAAGUUUGUUACUUGGCCAGUAUGCCUACGGGUAUCGCUUUAGGGUCCUACCUUUUUACUCAAGUGACGAACAAAUCUUACGCGACAAUGUUCCUAAUCAAUUGUUCUCUCCUCGUUGUUUCGAUUAUUUAUUCACUUGUUCGUUUGGAAUGGCGAACGAGCGAACGUCAGCGGCCCCUAAGCGAAGCUGCGAACAUUGUCACCGACUUCUUUGAUUACAAGCACGUAGUUGAUACGUUUCACACUUUAUUCAGAAGACGAUCGGGGAAGAAACGUUGUUUUUUGUUACUGUUGAUCGUCUCCAUGGCUUUCUACACAUUCCAAAGGAAUGAGAAGCAGAUGAUGUAUUUGUACUUGCAACUGGUACUCAACUGGUCUUUUCAACAAAUUAGUAACUUCAGGACGUAUCAGAGUGCCCUACAGGACUUGGCUUUACUCAUUGUAAUCCCCGUAGGAAGUAAAUUGUUGGCUUGGAAGGAUGGGAUCAUCGCUAUGAUAGGAGCUGUGGCUCAUUCCGUUGCAAGAAUGUUUUUUGCAACUGCGAAAACUAAUUCAUUAAUUUAUGUCGGUGGAAUGUUUGCCGGAUUGGGACCAAUCGUAGCUCCCAUUAUCAGAUCAAUGAUUUCAACACUGGUAUCUUCUUCAGAAAGAGGAAAAGUUUUUACCAUGCUGGCCGUGGCAGAUAACGCAAUACCGAUGCUAUCAGGAACUGUUUAUAAUCAAGUUUAUAAAAAGACAAUUAAUCAUUUUCCAGCUGGUAUUUAUCUAGUUACGAUAUUUACACAAAUGGUUGUUUUUUUAAUUUUCCUGUAUAUUCAUAUUAGAUCUAGAGACCAGACGUAUAUUCACGGUGGAAAUGAUGAUGAUGAUGACAAUUCUUCUUUUGAUAUCCAACCCAAAGCAGUCGAUAUAGUGGAACAGCGUUAGUAUCGAUUUGUUUUUACUUUACGUACUGAUAAAAAGUUAUUUUUUAUCGAAAAAAAUACUCGAACAUAGAA